UCAAAUUGCGAGGCCCUGCGAAGCCUGGACUUUCUUCUUUCUGCGGAAGAGCCAGGCAUCAUUCUCCAGCCGAAUUCCAAAGGCCCUCGAAAUCGUUCUCUGCGGCUGUGCAAAUCAAAUUUCGCUUUUGGUGAUCUUUUUUUUUUUCAGUAACAUCUGCAGCGAAGGUGAUCUAUCACACCCCGCUGUUCCUGCCAGUUCUCAAAAGAUGAACAUACCAGACGGAGAAUAUGACAUCGAUCUCCUGGUGCUCGACAGCCCCCAAACUGCAGAUGUGCCCUCGCUAGCGAUACGAUAUGGCUUCAUUCCAGACUCCAUGGACCAGUCCAAUCUGCUCACGCUUUUCCAGGAGAAUGAGGUCUGUAUCUUGGAGGCCCACCUGAUUGAACGGGCUAACCUAAGCGAGCUGGUCCCGAUCAUCUUUGAGGGCGUGCCACAAAGACAACGGCCCACUCAGAGCGGCGCGUCGUCUGUGCCAUACUCGUACUUUCUCUCUUUUCUGCUGGCAGAAAAGAACGGCACGGGGAGCCUAUUGAAUGUACAGCUUAGGCGCCUAGAAAGCACAGUGCGGGUCAACAAAUCACGGAACGCCGACAAAUGGCGCAAAUCCAUCAGGCAGUGGCGAAACAGCCCCGUCGCCAAGGCCGAGAAAGCGGCGCCUGAGCUGUCUCUGGCUGUGAAGCAAAAAUCCCCGCACGUGCUGUCCGUGCUUUUGAAAAGAAAGCCGGUGAAUCCGCCGGCUAGAAAAGGUACAAAUGGCACUUCUUCAUCCAGCCGCCCAAGCCGAAGUGGUCCGGAGCCUGCUGUGAAAAGAGCUGCUGCAUCGAAGCGUCCCCCAGCUGCGAAACCGGACACCGAACAAGACAUCAUCAGUGUAUCUGAUUUUGACAAUCUCGAGAGUGAUGAAGAGGAUGCAUUCCCGAUCUUUGAUGCUCCAUCUACAAAAAGGAGCACGCCGCCUUCCACAGAGAAUUCGAAAGAAGAUCCUGUUGCAAGAGGCGAGGGGUGCUCUGGCCCCAGAGAGGUGGAACUAGGUCACGACAACCAAACCCCCGGGACUAGUGGUGAGGGGCUGGAGAAUAAUAUACACGAUCACGAAAAAGACGAUGACAUCGAUAUGAGUGACGAGUUUGCUGAUCUCGAAGACCAACUUGACGAGGUACUAGUCGAUGAUCAUGCAAAACCAAAUCUGAUCGAUUCAGACAGUGACGAUGACUCCGAUACCGGGGCGUUCGCCGGCACGCCAAUCAUAAUCGACGUGGGCGAGGAAAAGAAAACAGGGAUAUCCCUGAAACUACAGCGUGUGGCUCCACAAAGCAAGCCCAUGAGCUUGCGUGAGCUAUACGGUGCAGAGAAAACUGACUACUUGAGUAGUAGCGAGGAAGAAUAGGUUUCUGCACGAAAAUUGCUGACAACGCAGCGAAAAAGACUAUGGAGAAAAAACUUUUUUCCCUUAAAUUC